AGUGACGAGUCUGUGCUGUCUCUCUCUGGUGGUGGAUGAGGACGACGCCACUCAGGUUUUUGACUCUCCGCCCUGUAGCACUCGCAGCUUCGCUCUCUCUCAGUCUCUCUCCAGCCAGCUAAACAACGGGCACCUCAAAAACAAUUUAUUUCUAAUUUUGGAAUAAACGGACUUACGAUUGCAGGAGAAAUGUCUCGUCAUCGCGACUGGGACUUAUCUUGCAAGGUCUACGUUGGGAACUUGGGGAACAGUGCGUCCAAGAACGAACUGGAAAGUUCCUUUGGCAAGUAUGGACCUCUGAAGAACGUUUGGGUGGCACGAAAUCCACCAGGAUUUGCGUUCAUUGAGUUUGAAGAUCCUCGAGAUGCUGAGGAUGCAGUCCGUCAUCUUGAUGGGACUCGCCUGUGUGGGGUAAGGAUUCGUGCUGAAAUGUCAACUGGGCGCAAUCCUUCCGGUCGUGGGCGAGGAUCUGCUCCACCAAGGCGAGGUGGUGAUCGUGGUUAUGGUGGCGGAAGAAGCCGAUCUAGGUCGCCAGCAGCAAGGCGUCGCUUUUCGAGGAGCCGAAGUCGCUCACAUUCCAGAUCACGAUCCCGUGGUCGCCGCUCUCGCUCGGAUUCUCGGGAACGUCGUUAAAAACCCCGUCUCUUCCGGUAUGAUGGUUUAUUAUCAGAUUCAAAUCUGAGUUACUUGAAAAAAAGGAACUAAAUUCAUCGUCAUCAAAUACAAGAAUUACAUCAUUACUUUUCUUUUCAAAAUGAAUUCAAGCCCUCCUCUAGACCUAGAUAUGCUUAUACAUACUUACUGACCAAAUUCAAAAUUAUCUAAAUCUAUCUGGACAUCCAUUUUCCUCGUCUUUAUGUACUGUAUGUAUGUACUAGUACUGUCCACUCAUCUCUACUGUUACGUACUAGAUGAUUAACUUAGCAUUAGUCUUAAUUGUUAAUCAAUGUUAAUGUUAAUCUUAUUAUUUUAUUUAAGCAAUACCUCUUAGAAACAUUCAAUAAUUUGGUGGUAAUAAAUAUCCUGUAGUAAUUUUCAAGUAUUUUACGGGAAACAGUUGGGCUUUGUAAUUACUAUUGUUAAAGUUUACUUUGUAUUAUUACAUUAUGUAGAUCCUGUCAUGGUUUAUUAUUAUUCCCUAACCAACCAAUGCUUGUAAUUCAAGUUUACAAAAUAUUCUUCUAUUUUCCGUCUCGAGAUGUGGGAAUUUAUAUCGUACGACUGUAAUAAAAUGUUCUAUUGUUUUUGAAAGUAAG